AUGGACCCCAAGGGUGUCCCCUUGACCCCCAAAGGUUCCUACCGAAAGUUCCUGGAGCAUCUCUCCGGGGCCGGCAAGGCCAUCGGCGUGUUGACCAGCGGCGGGGAUGCCCAAGGUAUGAAUGCUGCGGUCCGCGCUGUUGUGCGCAUGGGGAUCUACGUGGGGGCCAAGGUGUACUUCAUCUACGAGGGCUACCAAGGCAUGGUGGACGGUGGCAACAAUAUCGUGGAAGCAGACUGGGAAAGUGUCUCAAGCAUCCUGCAAGUGGGCGGGACCAUCAUUGGCAGCGCCCGGUGCAAGGUCUUCCGUACCCGGGAAGGCCGCCUGAAAGCCGCGCUCAACCUGGUGCAGCGUGGCAUCACCAACGUGUGCGUGAUCGGCGGGGAUGGAAGCCUCACCGGGGCCAACCUGUUCCGGGAGGAGUGGAGCGGGCUGCUGGAGGAGCUGGCCCAGAACGGCCAGAUCAGCAAGGAGGAUGUACAGAAGCACAGCUACCUCAACGUCGUGGGGAUGGUGGGCUCCAUCGACAACGACUUCUGCGGGACAGACAUGACCAUCGGCACUGACUCGGCUCUGCACCGGAUCAUGGAAGUCAUCGAUGCCAUCAUGACGACGGCCCAGAGCCACCAGAGGACCUUCGUUCUCGAGGUUAUGGGGAGACACUGCGGGUACCUAGCCCUGGUGAGCGCCCUGGCCUGUGGGGCCGACUGGGUGUUCCUUCCAGAAUCUCCGCCAGAAGAGGGUUGGCAGGAGGCGAUGUGCGUGAAGCUGUCAGAGAACCGGGCCCAGAAAAAAAGGCUGAAUAUCAUCAUUGUGGCCGAAGGAGCAAUCGAUACCCAAAAUAAACCUAUUACCUCAGAGCAAAUCAAGGAGCUGGUGGUGGCACAGCUGGGAUACGACACACGAGUGACCAUACUUGGACAUGUGCAGAGAGGUGGCACACCGUCGGCCUUUGACAGGAUUUUGGCCAGCCGCUUGGGGGUGGAGGCUGUGGUCGCCCUUCUGCAGGCCACUCCAGAGACCCCAGCCUGUGUGGUGUCACUGAGGGGGAACCAAGCAGUGCGCCUGCCCCUGAUGGAGUGCGUGCAGAUGACCCAGGGCGUCCAGAAGGCGAUGGAUGAGAGGAGGUUCAAGGACGCCGUGAAGCUCCGAGGAAGGAGCUUCGAGGGUAACCUAAACACCUACAAGCGGCUCGCCAUCAAGCUGCCAGACUCCCAGAUCCCAAAGAGUGGCUUCAAUGUGGCCAUAAUCAAUGUGGGGGCACCGGCUGCCGGGAUGAAUGCAGCUGUGCGUUCAGCUGUGCGGUUCGGCAUCUCAGAAGGACACAAGAUGUUUGCCAUUUAUGACGGCUUCGAGGGCUUUGCCAAAGGCCAGAUAAAAGAAAUCGGUUGGUCGGAUGUUGGAGGCUGGACCGGACAAGGCGGCUCCAUUCUUGGGACAAAACGGAUCCUCCCCAAGAAAUACUUGGAGGAGAUUGCUGCACAGAUGCGCACUCAUAGCAUCAACGCGCUGCUGAUCAUCGGUGGGUUUGAGGCCUACCUGGGACUGCUGGAACUGUCAGCCAGCCGGGGGAAACAUGAGGAGUUCUGUGUCCCUAUGGUUAUGGUUCCCGCCACUGUGUCCAACAACGUCCCGGGGUCCGAUUUCAGCAUUGGUGCCGACACCGCUCUGAACACCAUCACUGACACGUGCGACCGCAUCAAGCAGUCAGCCAGUGGGACCAAGCGCCGCGUGUUCAUCAUCGAGACCAUGGGCGGCUACUGUGGCUACCUGGCUAACAUGGGGGGCCUGGCAGCGGGAGCCGAUGCGGCCUACAUCUUUGAGGAGCCCUUUGACAUCAGAGACCUGCAGUCCAACGUGGAGCACCUGACAGAGAAGAUGAAGACCACCAUUCAGAGGGGGCUCGUGCUCAGAAACGAGAGCUGCAGUGAGAACUACACCACCGACUUCAUCUACCAGCUCUAUUCAGAAGAGGGCAAGGGGGUGUUUGACUGCAGGAAGAACGUGCUGGGCCACAUGCAGCAGGGUGGAGUGCCUUCCCCAUUUGACAGAAACUUUGGAACCAAAAUCUCUGCCCGAGCCAUGCAGUGGAUCACCACGAAACUGAAGGAGGCUCAGGGAAUAGGAAAAAGAUUUGUAACUGAUGAUUCCAUCUGUGUGCUGGGAAUAAACAAAAGAAACCUUCUUUUCCGACCUGUGGCUGAGCUGAAAGAGGAGACAGACUUUGAGCACAGAAUUCCCAAAGAGCAGUGGUGGCUGAAGCUCCGGCCCCUCAUGAAGAUACUGGCCAAGUACAAGGCCAGCUUUGAGGUCCCUGACUCGAGCCAGAUGGAACACGUUCACUUUGGCCACGGGGAGCCUGCAGCCAUCUAGAUGACACUGCCCACCAGCGAUUCCCCAGACUUCCUGUUUACCGCCCGUUUUUUAACACGUAUGUUAUUUAUCAGCACUUUAUGUGAGUACUGUUGGUGUUAAUCCCUAAUCUCAGAGCACCCAUCCUGUGCCCUUCACACUCCCACUUGAUCCCAAGACUUCAGGGAGUUGUCUGCCAUAUCGCAUACUCUGUCUCCUGCUUUACAAUGUGCACUUCCAGUGGAAUUAAACAGUUGGCUAAAACUCCAACCACA